GCACUGACGUCAGAGGGUCACGUGACGCCCAGCCCAACUGUACUCGGAUGUACAGUGGAGAGAAAACCAGACGAUAAGGCCAUCUGUGACCGUCUUUCCUGCUUGUUUGGGACAUCGAACGGACUGUUGUCGUGAGAAAAUAGUGGACAGAAGUAUGACAGUGGUUUUCCCCAGAAAGGUGUUCGAGUGAGCGGCGAAGGGGUCGCGCAUUCGACUCCGCUGAUCGGGGUGGGUGCUGCCGUGCAAUAACAACACACGCAAAAUGGCGAACGCUUCAGAACCGGGAAACGCGACUAGCAACAGUGGCGGCCCGAAGACGGGAUUUACCGUCGCUGCUGGGACGAGAUACGCCUUACUCCACGAGGGAGAUGUCCAGAUUUGCUGGCUAAACCAUACGCGGACAUUGGUCAGCAAGAUUUUAAGCUCAAAAUACUUACGGAGAUGGGAACAGCAUCAUGUGGUACUGGACCAGGGCGAGAUCCGGUCUGCCUCGCCAUGUGGCGUAAUGGAGUCACCCAUCUUAUACAGCGCAAUUGAGGACAUGGGCAAAUGGGACACAGGGCAGAAGUUCUGCCUCAGAAUUACCGUGGGAGAUGGAUCCAUGUUGCUACAGGCUGGAAAUGCCUACCUGAGAGACCAGUGGUUGUAUUCCAUCAAAUGGAAGAGAGCUGUGCAUCGGUACAGAAGAAUACUGACCAAUAACCAGCGGCCUGAGGUGCUUAUGAAAGAAAUUAAAUCCCUGAUAGACAUGUCACUGAAAACGCAGCUGCAGGAUGACAGUAUUCAUCAAGUGCCUUUGGAGAUUUUCUCACAGCUCUUGGUAAAGAACCCAGAAUUGAUAGAAAAGGCAGACCAAGAAUGCCUGAUUCGGCACAUGGCACCCCUGCUCGAGGAUAACCAACCCUCCAUCGAGAUAGCUGAGUUCUUCAGUAAGAUUUGCCGUGACUCACCCCGUUCAGAGAUUGUCACCAGUAUCUUCACACCCAUCAUCCAACGCAUCCUGAAGCACACUUCGGACUUUGGAAAGUUCCCUCGACUGCGGAUGUUUGUCCAGGACUACAUCUUAGCUCUGAACUCACAGAACGAUGGAACCACUUCAGUCAAGGCGUUCAUCAAAAGCAUGCAUGGCCCUGCCAGUGCGUGUCCCCACCACCGGGUACUGUACAACCUGGUGUCAGUCUGCCUGGCAGCCAUCUACUCAUGCUUCGAGGACGGUGUAUAUCAUUUCAACUUCGGUGUCCAUCACAGCACAAUCCCUGAGCACAAGACGACACCGUCCUCCACGAGUAGCUCCAUGUCCAGCCUGGAGAGCAGCGACCAAACCCCGGGCAGCGACAGGAAGACGACCUUCAACACCCGCGCCUGUUACCCCGGCGACACCAGCCCCAAGUACACGCCCGACGAGAAGAGGAAAAUCUACGGGCCCAACAUCAUGAGUUCAGUGGACAGUUUGGUGGACAACGGAAAGGCCUUUGGAGUGUUGAACAAUGAACUGUACAAGUCCCACGGAGCUGAAGGAAGAGUAAACGGGCACUGCAGAGAAGACUCAAACAUGGACAGUUCAGUAGAAUCUGUGAACUCGCAGGGGACCAAGAGCGAUGUGGCAGUAAACGAGGUGAAACUACGCAUGGACUACAAUGAUCUUGGGGCCACUGGAUACACAAUUGGUACGAGGCCAAAAAGACCAAACGUGGACAUAGACGGAAACCUGCACUUCAGCCCAAAGUUGCAAUACCCUCAGAAAAUGGUGCCUGUCACGGGACUCGGUGGAAAGAAUGGAGUGUUACGGGUCAAGUCGCUUCUCAUAACUGACAAGGUCAUGGCGGAGAGAGUCACACGGUGCUUUGUCACCAUUCUGGAGGAAAUGUCUACAUAUGAAGACUGGAGACCAGGCCUUGCUAUGUUGUUGCAUCCAAUUCCAUUCCCCAAGGGGGCACUCACAAAUGAUACUUUUGCAAAGCAUAUGAGAAAUGUGAUCCUAACCUUUGCUGGAGAUGAAAGAUGUGAGGUGCAUUGCAUGAUCCUGCCUGUGCGUGAGGGGAAGGACGGCUGGUUCCACAUCUUCUGCCCCGGCUCCAGCACCUGUAAUGACGAGGGGGAAGUCUUCUCAGCCGUGGUGGACAGACUGAUGAACUGCCUCUGUAACAAACGGAAAAAGUUCCUGACUUCCCUGAUGAAGGAGGAGAUGCGGGGACCCAGUCUGCUGCUGGCACUGCGUGGGGACAAGACACUGAUCAAGGUGCUCUGUUUGAUCCUGGAGAUGAACAUAGUCAUAGACAACGACCUGAAGCUUCAGCUGAUCGCCACGCUGGAGAGCACGGAUUACGGACAGAUGAUGUACAGCAUCCUGUGCCAGAAGCAGUCUCAGCUACGGGAGUUGCAGAAGGAAGGAGGGCCCACCUGCCUGACCAUGCCAUCCAAGUCUACGGAUGCAGACCUGGUGCGUAUCCUGAGCUCCGGAUCCUUCGGGAACCUGGUGAGCCUGAGCCUGGCCUUCACCCAGGUGACCAGUACGUGUGCAGAACAUCUCAUUAAGCUGCCCACCCUCACGUACCUCAACCUAUGGUCCACUCAGUUUGGAGAUGCCGGUCUGAUCCUGCUCUCUGAACACCUCCACAAGCUGCAGGUGCUGAACCUGUGUGAGACACCGGUCACUGACAAGGGGCUGGAGUCCAUCAAAGCAAUGAAGAGUUUGCAGCAUCUGAACCUGAACAGCACCAAGCUCAGCCCUGACACCUAUGAGCUGCUGAAGGAGAAUUUGCCUGGACUGCGGUCCAUGGACAUCAGAUAUACAGAUGCCUGGUGAGAAGGGGCCAUCCACCAAACCAAGUGGAGGUUGUUUUUAAAGGUGUGGCCAGAUUUUGGCCUGCCGCCGUGGUGACGAGAUGUUGGAAAAGUCAAACCCCACAGAAGGAACAUGGACUGUUGGUGUGGUCUACUAAGUGUCUGACUGCAGUCUCCCUUGCAGAUCUUUGUUUGAGAUGUAGCGAACCUCCAAAUCCUCUUGCCAUUUCUAUAAAAUACUGGACUGUACCUUUGUGACUGGAAAAAGCAAGCCCUACUAUGGGGCAGUAUUUCUGAAUACAGAUCUAUAUGGUUCCAGAGAAUUUACUUUGACAGAUAUUGUUCUACCUGUAUUCACUGGUAUGUCCAGUGUCUAUUAAAUUGGAAGCAGAUGGAGGAAGAGUUGUUAUCAGACAUGUCAUUGCUGGCCAAUGUUCAAGUCAAUCGGUAUUAUCUCUUACUAGACUAGAUAGUCUUCUCCAUGUUUCACUAUGGACAAGUCACAGAACUCCUUUCAGUGUUAAUUGACACGUACUACUGGUACACUCUGUAGCAGUGACACAACGGAGGAACCUAUUCGCUAUCAGAUCGUUGCAAUGUAUCCGCUGAUGUAUGUGGCGUAUGUACAUCUACAGUGUUAAACUCCAGAUGAAGCUACCUGUACCAAUGCCAAACCUACUUGUUGUUUGAUAGGUGGAAACCAUGUGUUGUGUACCUGUAUUAGCUAGGACCAGAACAACAUGGAGUGAUACAGGAUGUAGUAGUCUAGACUUCUGUUCAGUUUUUUCCUCAGAUGUUGCCUUGUACAGGAUCCUCCAGUUCUGUUUGGACAUUGUUGAUGACCUAACAACUAAAACAGACCUGUAGUUGCCUUGUUAGAAUUGACCAUGUUUGGUCUGUAUUGGUUGCAAUGCAUAUUUCCCCUUUGCUGCAAAAGAUUGAGUUCCAACAACACUGGUACACCUCAGAUUGCAUUGAAGGAAAUGCUGACAGUACUAGUAUAAUAAAUAUACUGGUUUGCAGUUUUCAUAAGAACAAACAUGAUUAUGUGGUAAUCUGUAUUUCUAGUACUGAGGAUUGGCAUAUAUUGAACAAGAGACACAACAACUUCAGACAUUGGCAUUACAAUCAUUGGAACUAUUCUCCUCACAAAAUUGCAGGGGAAAAUUGAAGUAUGAACACGAUCAAGGGAGAAAUACAACAAAGUGUGCUUCUGUGCCUGAUCUACCGUCACCCUAUGUGGUCAUAUCUCCUGGCAACUACAGGCCACUGCAGGGUCCCACCCACCAACUGUGGGUGCAGAAUACUGGCCUACCUUUUGUUCAUGUGUCAAACUGUUGCAUCUAAAUGAUUCUAACCGGCAGUGAAAUAAUUUGUAUAGAAAAUCUAUGGGACAGUGCAUCCCCAAAGGUAGUGAAUUACUAUUUAUUUAUUCUCAAGAGAAGACUGUAGCGUAAAUGACUGUAACUUAGGCAGUUUUGAAUAGGAGCCUAGAUGGAAGAGACACACACUAGAACAUUGUUGCCUAGUUACAGAAAUAUGACUUUAUCUUUGUAUACUAAUACAUGAUAGUGAUUAGAUGAAGAGGCUUGUUGGCUGGAGAAGUUGAUACGGCAUGAAGUCUCCUCCUACAUGAUGUGAAGAUAAUGUGACUUAACUUUGAAUACUGUCCGAGAAGUUUUAUUACCGUCUGUGAGAUAUUAAUUUAAACAAGACUGGUGUGUGAAUGUUUUUUGAAGGAGAUAAAUCUUCUAAUAUAAAAAUGUAACGUUCCUAAAGUACUGGAAGUUAUGUCGGCAUGUUUCUCAGUUGUGAUAUUGUUUUUUUUUUGUUCUCCAUGUCUGUAGAAAAGUGAUCGUGAGACGGGUCCGUAGUACUUUAUAGAUGUAUACAGUUGGGCAAUGUCUGUGUAUGAAUGCCCAAUGCACCAGAAAUGUAUAUGUGACAGUCAUCUUUCUGUGUUUAACUCUCACUUGUAUCAACAGAAACUCACUCCACCAUUGCACAGUGGCUCGACCUUUAAUGUGAAUAAUGAUGGAUGAUUGUAGAAUUGGAGA